AUGCAAUCUUCAAAAACGAAUGAAUCGUACAUCGAUAAUCGAUAUCAAACAAGGGAAAAUAAUAGCUGCGAACAGCGGUCUGUAAUAGAUUGGGGUGAUCUGAUGGGAAAAUUCAGAGAAAUAAGCCAAAAGUGGAGUGGAAGACGAGGAUCUUACUCUGAUGUAGUUAUCACCUUAGCUGGAUUACAGUGUUCCAAUGACACCGAUGACGCUCAUUGCCAAUUAUGUGGUAUUCAGGUGUCGACAUCAAAACUGGACACGGAACCAAUGGAUAUUCAUGCUAAACGAAGUCCAACUUGUCCA